AUGGCGGCGCCCAUGCUUCGCCGGUGUUGUCCUGGGAGACAUUGGCCUUUAGCCUGCGUUGAUGGCAGCUCUCUCCUGGGAAGAGGGUCUCCGCCAGGGUCCACGUUCAGCGGGAAUAGGGACCAGAGCUCAGUAACCCAUCAGUCCCUCAGCACGUCCCCGAACCCGAGGAAAGGUAAAUCCAAGUGGACAGCCGUGGUAGGUUUGGAGAUUCAUGCCCAAAUAUCCUCCAACUCUAAACUCUUUUCUGGAUCUCAAGUCCACUCUGCAGCACCUCCAAAUUCUACUGUCUCCUUUUUUGAUGCAUCUCUGCCUGGAACUUUGCCGGUGCUCAACAGGAGGUGCGUGGAGGCAGCCGUACUGACGGGUCUGGCACUGAACUGCCAUAUCAACAGGAAGUCCUUGUUUGACCGGAAGCACUACUUCUACGCUGACCUUCCUGCAGGCUAUCAGAUCACCCAGCAGCGGCUCCCCAUCGCCGUGAACGGCAGCCUGGCCUACAGCAUGUAUGCAGGGCCACAGCCAGGCCAGGUGAUCCCCAAGACCGUGCGCAUCAGGCAAAUCCAGCUGGAGCAAGACAGUGGCAAGAGCCUUCACGACGAGCAGCGGGCACAGACGCUCAUCGACCUAAAUCGGGCAGGGGUUGGCCUGCUGGAAUUGGUUCUGGAGCCUGACAUGACCUGUGGGGAAGAGGCAGCCACAGCUGUGCGGGAGCUGCAGCUGAUCCUGCAAACCCUGGGGAGCAGCCAGGCCAAUAUGUCAGAAGGUCAACUGAGAGUGGAUGCCAAUGUGUCUGUGCAUCGCCCUGGGGAGCCUUGGGGUGUGCGGACGGAAGUGAAGAAUCUCAACAGCAUCAAGUUCUUGGCUAAAGCCAUUGACUAUGAAAUCCAAAGGCAAAUCAGUGAACUUGAGAAUGGAGGUGAAGUUGUGAAUGAAACUCGCUCCUUUGAUUGCAGGCUGGGAUGCACCGUGUCAAUGCGAGACAAGGAGGGCAAACAGGACUACAGGUUCAUGCCCGAGCCCAACCUGCCACCCCUGCUGCUCUACGACUCGGCAUCCCUGCCCGCCGGAGCUGACCCCCAGCAAGUGGUCAACAUAGACCAGCUCCGCCAGCAGCUCCCUGAGCUGCCCUGCGUGACCCGAGAGAAGCUGGUUCAGCAGUAUGGGAUGCUGCCCCAGCACAGCUCUGCCUUGGUGAAUGAAGCUGGUCUCCUGGAGUUCUUCCAGAAUGUGAUCAAAGAAACUCAGGCUGAGGCCAAGACAGUGACCAGCUGGAUUCUCAACACUUUCUUGGGGUUUCUGAAGCAGCAGAACCUUGCUGUCAGGGACAGUCCCAUGAGCCCUUCCACCCUGGCUGAGCUCCUCAACCUGCUGCACCGGAAUGAGGUUUCCACACCCGCCGCCAAGCAGGUGUUCGCUGAGCUGUGGCAGAAUCCCGGGAAGACGCCGAUGCAGAUAGUGGCCGAGAAGCAGCUUGAUUUGAUGCAGGAUCGAGCAGCACUGGAGCAGCUAUGCCGAACCACGCUGGAAGACCACCCACAAAUGGUGAUGGACGUGAAGGGAAACCCUAGAACCAUUAACAAACUCAUCGGGUUAGUCCGAAAGGCGACUCUCAACCGAGCAGACCCACGGGUGAUAAAGGAGGUGCUGGAGAAGCAACUGGAGCGCACCUGAGACCUCUUGCCAGGGUCAUGACCACCCAGGGCAGGGCCUCAGCCCCAGCAUGUCACUGACAGUCCCAGUCAGUGUAGUUGCUUUCAGCAGUAGCUACCCCUUGCUGAGACAGGAAGGACACCCACAGAGACAGGGGGAUGCCUACCCAUGGGGCCCCUUUUCCAGAGGGACACAGGCAGUCAGAGUGAGCCCAGCCUUGGGGCCCACCUGUGUGAGUGCUUGGCCUCCCCCACCCCUGCACUGCCCCUGGAGUCCUGGAUGACAAGGAUAAAGGAAAGGGUUUUGUUUGUUCUUGUUAGACAAAAAUAAGACAAAGCGUUUUCAAAUAAAUUUAAUGAAUAAAAUAUAUACUGGGAUAUUAUAUUAAAAAAUUAACUUACACUUCAAA